AUGCAGCAUAGCUACGGAUUCGAGUAAGUGACUUCAUGAACUGUGCUCUAGGUGUGGGAUUGUUCAGGAGCUAAUGGAAAACUACCAAACAGCAAUUCCCUUCAACACGUCUUCGUUGAAUGUCAACCCUCGAGUUGCUUUCCUCCACCAUCAAUUGGUGACUGCAUUCGUGAGUUUCACGUGACAUUGGCUGUGCGGGCAGGUAUGACGGAAAAACUGAUAUGAAAAACAGACAGUGUAUCGUCAGUGACAGGAGGUGACCCUAUCCCCGAAAAGCGGGGCCACCCACCGUGGCCUGUCUGGGAAAACGACAUCGAUGCCCACAAACACCCCAUAUUCUACAACAACGCUCGCGAAGGAAGCAGGCCACGGGAAAAUGCAGCGGAAGGAUUGACUUCGUACGGUUGAGAAUCCGGGUCAUUGGAACACUAGAUGUGAGUCUUCACUGCCAUUGCUACAGAUGGACAACGGCAAGAAUACUGAGUUGUAACGAAUCACGCCAGAAAACAGCCUCUGGUCGGGUGAAUUGCGGCUCACCUGGCAGAUCCUCAACGGCUCGGUUCGGUGGAGUGACCGUCGUGUUGGCAGGUGUGUGCCAAUCUUUCAAAAGCAAAGCGCAGGGCAGCAGGACUAACUGACCGGUUGGACUGUAACAUCACAGGAAAUCCGAAGCAAUGCCUUCCCGUUAUUCCAUGACUCGGUUCGGUGGAGUGACCGUCGUAUUGGCAGGUGUGUUUCAUUCUCUCUAAAGACAGCGCAGGGCAGAACUGACCGGCUCUGCUGUAACCUCACAGGGGAUCCGAAGCAAUGCCUUCCCGUUAUUCCAUGGCUCGGUUCGGUGGAGUGACCGUCGUCUUGGCAGGUGUGUGCCAAUCUUUCAAAAGCAAAACGCAGGGCAGCAGGACUAACUGACCGGUUGGACUGUAACAUCACAGGAAAUCCGAAGCAAUGCCUUCCCGUUAUUCCAAAUCAUUGCCUGCACAUAUUGUCGACGCUUGCAUCAUGACUGGUGACUUCUGGGGGAUCUCUCUGUAAGUAGUAGUCCUUGCCUGACUUUUGGACCCUACACUAACAACGGCACGGUGCGAGCGCAGACAAACAUGCGUCUUCUGGCCGCUGCAGACCGCAUGACCGAAACGAAACGGGCAAAGACAAUAUGUCGAUAGGCAAAAAAGUCUCAACUUUCGAGAUCGAGCAAUCCUGGCGUCCAAAACUUCGCAGGUGGAUCAGAUCAACGACAUGGUGCUCGACCUGCUGCCGGGUGACGCUCAAACGUUCUACAGCCCGGAUUCGGUCGUCGAAAACGAAGACGAAUCACUGUUCUCGAUCGAGUAUCUUCAGAGUAUCAACAUCGUCGGAGAGUAUCAACAUCGUCGGGAUGUGAAAUGAGAGGCGCCGAUGCAGCGCCGUCGAUGUUUCCAGCUGGUCGAAAGGAUGUUCCAACAUGUACGGCUCGGUUCGAUUGGCAGCUCGCAAGUCAAGCUUGCGACACCCGUGAAAAGGUCCCCACUCGACACGGGUCUCUAG